CUGCCGGACUUCCGCAUUGGGAUCCUACCUGAGGCGGCGAGAGCGAGCAGUCGCGACAGGUGCUCACUGAAAAUUCAACAUAAAAACUAUGAGAGCACAAUGAGUGUGAGGAAAGUGGAAAGGACAGUUCUUAGUGUGGAACACGGAGGUGCUCAUCUCCGCAGGAGCAUCGGCAGAAAGGAGCUGAGGAACCUGGAUCCCUUCCUGAUGUUGGAUGAGUUUAGAGUGAGCAAGCCGUCAGGUUUUCCCGACCAUCCCCACAGAGGAUUUGAGACGGUAACAUAUGUGUUCGAGGGGAUCAUGGCCCAUGAAGACUUCUGUGGCCAUUCAGGACGACUGAAACCUGGAGAUCUGCAAUGGAUGACUGCGGGACGCGGGGUGGUCCAUGCCGAAAUGGCUGUAUCAGAGGAGCCAGUGGUGGGCUUACAGCUGUGGGUGAACCUGGCGGGGCACGACAAGAUGGUGGAACCAAUGUACCAGGAGCUUAAAGGCUCAGAGAUCCCCAAACCCAGCCAGGGAGGGGUCACAGUUGCUGUGAUAUCUGGAGAAGCUUUAGGAGCAAAGUCUAAGGUUUUCACAAGGACACCGACCGUGUACCUGGACUUCAGGCUGCAGCGGGGGGGCUUGCAUGUGCAGCCAGUACCCUCAGGAUGGACUACAUUCAUCUACACAUUAUCCGGAUUAAUUUGUGUUGGCCCAGAUCAGGAGCAGCAGAAGGUGGAGCCCCAUCACACAGUGGUGUUUGGAGACGGGGAUUGUGUGAAGGUUGAAAACAAGGACACUGAAGUUUCCCAUUUUGUGCUGAUCGCUGGAGAACCAAUCAAAGAGCCUGUGGUACAACAUGGUUCAUUUGUAAUGACCACAGAGGAAGAGAUCAGACAGGCUAUCGGGGACUACCAAAGUGGCAGAAAUGGCUUCGAAAGGGCCAUAAACUGGAGAUCCAAGAUCAGAGAUUCUUUCUAAACACCACAGGUUGCACUUUUGUCCCUGGUGAAAAUGAUAAGCUUACAUGUUAGAGAAACCUAUUUAUAGAGAUAUUUGUUUCUGAUAAUUAUGUAAAAAAAAAAAAAUAGCUUUAUGUACUUAUGGGAUAUUAAGUCCUUUCCAGCAUCUGUUUUAACUUGUUACAUGUCCAAGUGCUUCAUGUGGGAGUGAAUGACACCCCACUGUUAGCACAGUAGUAGUUUACCCCCUCUCCCUUGGGAAAAUAAAGAUUUUAGGGAAAAUGUGUUUCGGACUGCUUUCCAUGUCCCUUGCUAAAUUUACGUUUAUUACAUUUUCCUUCUGCUGUUUGAAAUAACACUGUAGCAGAGCUGUCAUGAAAUCCUGAAAGUUGCUUGCACACAUUGUCACAACGAUAAUUUAAGAUACUGUUCCUGAAGUAAGUGCGACGGUUUUACAAAUAUUUUGAUGUUUGACGGCAAACAUUUAUGUACAACAGAAUUUGCUGUAAACAAACAUUAACCUUUAUUAAUCCAACCAACUGUUAGAUGUAAGGAAACAAUUUUCAAAAACGUACAUAGACCACAAAUAAAAGUUGUUUCAUGAUUAUUAUAGGUAUUGUUUAGCAGCUGACAGAAAAGAUGCCCAAGUUGCCGCUCCUCAUUUGCAUACAAAUUAUGAAUGCUGUUCUCAUAUUUAGUCCAUUAUGUGUGUUACAU